AUGUCCCACCAAGCAUCUUCCUUCACAAACGAGCUCGCCCUAGGUGAAGCACCUCGAGGUCAAGCCAAACCCCGAGUCAUCGUUACAGGUGGCAGUGGAAAGCUCGGCCGAGCAACAGUCCAGUACCUAGCCGACGAAGGAUGGGAGGUCAUAUCCGUGGACCUUCGUCGUCCAGCCGGCAUUAGUGAGGAUGGCAAGAGUGGGCUCGGUGGAGCCUACAGAUUGGUCGAGAUUGAUCUAGAGGAUAUGGGAAGUGUGUUGGAGACCUUCCACAGCACGGAUAUGGCAUAUUCAGGUAUUCAGGCCGUGGUACAUUUGGCGGCUAUUCCGUCGCCGGGACAGACGAGCGCCAGCAGGCAAUUCAGGACGAAUACGAUGGGCACGUACAAUGUCCUCGAGGCUUGCCGCAAGCUGAAGAUCAAGAACAUCGUGCUUGCAUCCUCAGAAACACUAAUCGGCAUACCAUUUGCUCCUCAUCCUCCUGUCUUUCUCCCCAUGACUGAAGAGCACGAACGACGACCAGAGUCAGCCUACUCGUUGUCGAAGCUCGUAGGAGAGACUAUUGCGGAACAGUACACACGUUGGGAUCCCGAACUCAAGAUUGUAUCCCUGCGAUUCAGCAAUGUCAUGCUACCGCAGGAGUAUGCCACUUUUGAGGGAUGGCAGAAGGACCCCAAGGCACGAUACUGGAACUGCUGGGGCUAUAUCGACGCCCGAGAUGGCGGCCAAUCCGUCGCUUUGUCUCUUAAGAGCAAGAUGACUGGUCAUCACCAAUACCUCAUUGCAGCAGAAGAUACCUGCAUGCGCAUGAGCAAUGAUGAGCUGGUGAAGGCCGUUUUCCCCGACGUGAAAUACUCGCCCACAGCUGGACCAAAUGACUCGCUCUUGUCAAUCGAGAAGGCGAAGAAGGAGCUAGGGUUCAAGCCUUUGUACAAAUGGCAGGAUCAAAUUGGGAAGUGA